AUGGGCGGUUAUUUUUCUUCACAGCGCGAACACGGACCCAAGAGCGAUACAAGACAUACGACUGAGACCGGACCGUUUUGUGUGGUUUGUGGUGGGCCGUUUGAUGUUGAAGGCGAGGUUUACAAUAUCGAUCCCAAAGACCCGCAGUUCCAAUGGCUAUAUCAUCUUCGUCUUAUUGGUAAUGUUGACGAUGUAUACCACCAUGUGGUAGCUAGUGAUGGACACUCACCCAUCAACACCUCUGAUCAGCCCGAAAUCUUUGUCUCCGGGCCUGCUCGUUUUAGUCUUACUGGAUCUGGAUUUUACCACGUUGCUGGAUAUGAAGGGCAAAACGAUAUCUGGGUCGACGCCCUCUCACACAUUCCCGGCCAUGGUACCCUGUUCCCCUUGCACGAUUGUUGCCUGGAUACAAGCUGUAGAGCUAUAGAGUAUCACCAGUCUAAACAAGAAGAGUGCGAUGACAAAACAGCUCUCGAAGUAUUAGUUCAACUGCUCAACAGUCGCUUCACUGAACGACAGAUCCACGACGGGUCGCUUCGGUCAAUCAAUGAUCUAUUCGAUCUGUCUUCUCAAUGCAGCGUCUAUGGACCUAGAAGCGUACUGGCUCUGACGAAAUUGGAGUGGUGGGGAGGCGGUUACGACCGUUUCUUCACCAAUCCCAUCGAGGAAGUCGAUACCACCGCUUUUGUGCAAAGUAUUCUACAGAGCUCGCCACGCACCAGAGAUGAACCUAAAUUUACCGAAAUACCAGCUCGCAGGCAUCAGAACUUGGAGCGUCUCCCAAAAGAACUCCUAGAUGAGGUUUGCAGCUACCUGCCAAUCCCAUCAACUAUAGCGCUUCACCGAACUUCCAAGAUACUCACGUUACAGAUCCCGCUUGACUCCACCUUCUGGCGCAACAGUCUUGGUGAUGGAAGCUUGCAUCCACAUAUCUGGGACCUGGACACGAAGCGCAUCGACCAGCAGUUGCCACAACCUGACAUAGCACCUCUGGAUCCUACCGCUUCUUGGGACUGGAGGUGCGCAGCCAAAAUCCUUGCAAUGAAGCGCUUUCCUGUCAGUGGGCGUGACGACCGCUUGGUCGAUGUGCCCGCUGGCUUCUGGAAUCGAUGUAGGAUAUGGGCUACUAUCGAGGAAGUGCUUCAGCAACACGUCUUGGAGUGA